CAAUUCUCACAGCGUAUAAUUUAAGUAACACCGUCUCCACGGAAACUAAGAUCAAUAUCAUUUUCAUUGUUUAUAUCCAUUGUAUCCCGGUUUGAAAGUAAUUUUACAACAAAAUGCCAGCUAAGAAGAAGAAAUCGGCAAAGCUGUCAAAGAUGACAGAGGCAGAGAGAAUAGCGUAUGAGGAACAGAAACGACUGGCUGAGGAAGAGAUGAGGAAAAAGAAAGAAGACAUGCUCACACAGUUUUUGAAGGACAAAUUAACAAAAGAAGAAAGGGCUACAAGAUUCAAUCUGAACAAACUGAACCACCAGUGGCGAAAUAUAAUGAGAGAGGCCAAGUCAAAAGAGCUUAAGAAGGAUAUAGAGAUACUGAGUCAGACGUUUGAGCGUGUAGUUGAUCGGAAGGAUGCGGUGAUCAAGUCGCUGGCCAAAGACCUAGUAGAAGCAGAGGAGCAGUAUUCUAUGGCUUUAAGGAGCCACCUUCAGAAUAUAGACAACCUUAUAGACCUGCAGAAGUCACGGCUUGGGAAGCUGCAGGAGGAGUACGAGGAUGAGCUGGAGAUCAUCAAGGAGGAGUUUGAUACAGAGCGUGCCAUUAUGGUCGACCAGCACAACCACGAGAUGAAUGACAUUGCAGACAUACUCUUUGCCAUGGAGCAGAACUUCCAUGAACGCGAAAACGAUGCCAAGUCAGAGUUCCAGAGUAUGAGAGAUGAGAUUAAAAAUAAGAAUCUUGAGGAGAAGCAUGCGCUGCGAGUACAGCUGGAGCAGAAGGUGGACAACCUGUGGAUGCAGUUCCGGGAGGCGCUCCAGAACUACAACAUGACCACUGAGGAGCGCAAGGUUGCGUUUGAAAACCUCAAAGUCAAGGACGAGAAGAGUGCAAAGGAGAUUGAAUCACAGAUGAGGAAACUCCAGAGAAUUUCUGAUCAAAUAGCUGGUUUAAAGGCAAAGAUGGCAGCGAACCAAAAAGAAUGUGAAGACAGAAAUAAAUCAUUAAAAGAGGACCGGGAGAAGAUGCUGGCCCACUUCCAGCUUAUGAAGGCUGAGAUGAACAAGGUGCGGGAGAAUGAGCGAGACAAACUUACCAAGGUCACCCUGGAGAGCAACGCGGCCAUUAAGGAGGUGAAACGACAGAAAGAAAAGGUUGAGUUGAUCCUGAAGGUGGCAGAGAUGUGCCGUAAACUGGAGACAGAGGAGGAGAAGGUGUUGCCGUUUUACGCUAGCUCCCUCACACAUGAGGAAAAGGAGGAUGUGGAGGCCGCUGUCCUAGAACCACCCUCCGAGCCACUUGCUAAUGCAAUGCACGAGUACACGUCCUUGGAGAACUUUUGGAAGCGCUUCAACAAGGUACUGUUGGACAAGUUGGCCCUCGACAAGGAGCGCCAGACGCUGCUGGGGGAGAAUACACAGCUGCGCACGCUCCUCAAACAGUACCUCGAUGGCAUCUCUGUCAACGACGAAAUCAUCAGCCAAGUCAACCCCCUCUUUAUCGUCAACAACAAGACCAACGUCAAGUUGAAUGUUCCUGUGCACGACCCUCGACUGCGGCGGCCGGCGGCCAACACGGUGGUUGAGGCAGCCCACGUUGUCAAGCACACCCUCAUGUAACCCCGCCCCUCCACACCCCAUACUGGCAAAUGGGGCACCUUUUACUGUGAUACAUGGACUACUUGUACAAGAUGUUAUAUAAUUGUUAAGAUAAUUAUAUGUUGUAAAAAUAAAUCAUGGAAUACUU